ACGAUCCUUUUAUUGCUGUCAAGAACCCGGUCAAGUAUACCUCAGACGGGGGCCGUGGCAGCUCGCCAAGUUUCCGGACUCUAAAUGUGUCCAUGAUCAUCUUGGAUUUGACUGUUUCCAACACGUCGGCUAAGCCGUCCCUCAUGUUACUCGCGCGAUGCGAUACCCCUGCUUCAUCUUGGUUACCCAGCAUGAAGCAUCCUGGCUCCCUUGUUCGAAGCUAGGAACAAGAGGCUCAUAGACAUAUAAACUUUCAACUGCCCCUCCACGUUCAGCCCUGGCAAUAUUUUUCGACUCAUAAUGAUCCCUUCUGACCAAGGUCUUCCACGCCGUCUUCGUUCUUCCCACGCCUCGACACGCACCGAGUCUCAUCAUGGCGUUGCCACUGCGCAAACUGUCCCUGGUUAAGCCCGAGUCUGAAGCAGGCAAGGCAUGGCCGGCUAUUGUGAUUGGUCUGUUUGUCGCCUUUGGAGGUGUGCUCUUCGGCUAUGACACGGGAACUAUCAGCGGUAUCCUCGCCAUGGAAUACUGGCAGAAAUUGUUCUCGACUGGCUACACUACCGCUGAUGGCCAUCCCACCGUCUCGCCGUCGCAGGAGUCCGCCAUUGUCUCCAUCCUCUCGGCGGGUACCUUUUUCGGCGCCCUCGGCUCUCCAUUCAUGGCUGACACCAUCGGUCGUCGGCUUGCCCUCAUCAUUUCCAGCGCCGUGUUUACCAUGGGGGUCAUAUUUCAGACCGCGGCUGUCGCAUUGCCCCUCUUCCUGGCAGGCCGCUUUUUUGCCGGCUUCGGUGUCGGUCUGAUCUCCGCCUUGAUCCCUCUGUACCAGUCCGAGACGGCCCCGAAGUGGAUUCGUGGUGCCAUCGUCGGCGCGUACCAGCUUGCCAUCACCAUCGGGCUUCUCCUUGCCGCCAUUGUCAACUAUUCGACGCAAAACCGCCAAGACACGGGUUCCUAUCGAAUUCCCGUUGCCGUGCAGUUCGCAUGGGCCAUUAUCCUUGUUGGCGGUAUGCUAGUGCUCCCGGAGACGCCGCGUUUCCUAAUCAAGAAGGGAGACCGAGUGAAGGCUGCGGAGGCGCUGUCCCAGCUUCGUCGACUGUCACCAGACCAUCCAGCAAUCCAAGCCGAGUUGAGCGAAAUCAAGGCCAACCACGAUUUCGAAAUGACACUGGGUCAGGCGAGCUAUCUCGACUGCUUCCGGGGCCCCAUGCUUAAGCGACAACUCACCGGUAUGGGACUGCAAGGUCUGCAGCAGUUGACCGGCAUCAACUUCAUCUUCUACUACGGCACUCAGUAUUUCAAAAACUCGGGUAUUCAAAACGCGUUCACGAUUCAAAUGAUCACCUCCUGCAUCAACGUCGUAUCCACUCUGCCCGGUCUCUAUGCCGUCGAUAAGUUUGGUCGACGACCCCUGUUGUUCUGGGGAGCCAUCGGCAUGGCUGUAUCCCAAUUCCUCGUCGCCAUGCUGGGUACGUUGACGACUGGCCAAGACGACCUGGGCCACAUCAUCGUCUACAACGUAUCGGCCCAGAAAGCCGGCAUUGCUUUCGUAUGUCUCUACAUAUUCUUUUUCGCAUCUACCUGGGGCCCGCUCGCAUGGGUCGUUACAGGAGAAAUCUUCCCGCUGAAGACGAGGGCCAAGUCGCUCAGUAUGACGACCGCCACCAACUGGCUCCUCAACUGGGCCAUCGCCUACGCGACGCCCUACCUGGUUAACUGGGGUCCCGGCUACGCAAAUCUACAGUCCAAGAUCUUCUUUAUUUGGUUCGCGUGCUGUUUCGGCUGCAUCGCGUUUGUGUAUUUCUACAUUUACGAGACGAAGGGGCUGUCGCUUGAGGAGGUCGACGAAAUGUACUCUGAGGUCAAGAGUGCGAGGAAGAGUACGGGAUGGGUUCCUAGCACUACGUUUGCGCAGAGGCAGAACGAGGGUGGUGGGGGUGUGCUGGGCGAGGGGGAGAAGAAUAUGGCGGAGAGUGAUCUGGUUGAGCAUAAGGAGGUGUAGUUCUCGACUUGUUGGGGGUUUUUGGCAAGGGGUGAUGGGAUGGGCCUGUGUGGGGAUGAAUGAUGAUACCAAUUAUGCUUUUUUCCGAAAUACACGGGUAAACACACAAUCGUUAAGAGAACUAAAGCAACUAAAGAUCCAUGAUGGAGUGACAUGAUGGUAUACCACCCCAUUACUCGAGAUUUCUUCCACUUCUGCUUCUAUUCUAUCAAUCUAAUUAUGAC